CUCUUGACUAUCCAUUGCAGCUCCAUCUUGAAUCUUCCCUGCGGAUUGUCGACCAUUAGGCUGGUUGGGCGAUCUAUCCUCUCCCCCCUCACUCCCUUAUCUGUCGUCAUCGCGUUAUCAUCCCUCUCCACUCCGCUUCUUUGUCCUGGUUGUGCCUGGCACAAGGGAGAAGAUAAUUCUACUCUUCACCAAAACCAUCCAUCAAACAAUCCCCCUGUAUAUUCACAAUGGCAGCUGUCUUCCGCUCCAGCCUCAAGCUUCGCACAGCGACUCGCCUUUCGGCAGUCCGCACCCUCAGCACCACUGCCCACCUGCGGGCUGCUGAGAAGCCGUUCUUCCCCGACGAGCCCACAGCUCCCAAGUUGGCCACUGCCAUUCCCGGCCCCAACAACAAGGCUGCUGCUCAGAAGCUGGACCAGGUCUUUGAUGUGCGCAGCUUGAACAUGCUGGCUGAUUACUACAAGUCUACUGGAAACUACAUCGCCGAUACUGACGGAAACCUUCUCCUUGAUGUCUACGCCCAGAUUGCUUCCAUCCCUGUUGGUUACAACAACCCUCACCUCCGCAAGGUGGCCGAGUCUCCCGAGAUGGUCAAUGCCCUGAUCAACAGACCUGCUCUGGGUAACUUUCCCUCUCACGACUGGGCCGACAUCCUGAACACGGGCAUUCUCAAGGUCGCUCCCAAGGGUCUCAACCAGGUCUUCACUGCCUUGGCUGGUUCCGACGCCAAUGAGACUGCUUACAAGGCUGCCUUCAUGUACUACCGCCAGCGCGAGCGUGGUGGCGCUGAGAAGGAGUUCACUGAGGAGGAGCUGCAGACUACCAUGAACAACCAGUCCCCGGGUUCCCCUCAGCUGUCGAUUAUGUCCUUCAAGUCUGCCUUCCACGGCCGUCUCUUUGGUAGUCUGUCUACUACCCGCAGCAAGCCUAUCCACAAGCUUGAUAUCCCUGCCUUUGACUGGCCCCAGGCUCCCUUCCCCUCGCUCAAGUACCCCCUUGAGGAGCAUGCCGCGGAGAAUGCCCAGGAGGAGCAGCGCUGCUUGCAGGAGGUUGAGCGCCUGAUUAAGGAGUUCCACAACCCUGUCGCAGCUGUUGUGGUUGAGCCUAUCCAGUCGGAGGGUGGUGACAACCAUGCCUCUCCUGCUUUCUUCCAGGGUCUCCGCGACAUUACCAAGCGCCACAAUGUCCUGUUCAUUGUUGAUGAGGUGCAGACCGGUGUGGGCGCUACUGGAAAGUUCUGGGCCCAUGACCACUGGAACCUGACGACUCCCCCCGAUAUUGUGACUUUCUCCAAGAAGGCCCAAACUGCCGGAUACUACUACGGAAACCCCGCUCUGCGCCCAAACAAGCCGUACCGUCAGUUCAACACCUGGAUGGGUGACCCGGCCCGUGCCCUCAUCUUCCGCGGUAUCACCGAGGAGAUCGAGCGCCUGAACCUAGUGGAGAACACUGCCAUCACUGGUGACUACCUGUUUGCCGGUCUCGAGCGUCUUGCUAAGCAGUACCCUGAGCACCUGCAGAACCUCCGUGGUAAGGGCCAGGGUACCUUCAUUGCCUGGGACUCUCCCAAGCGUGACGAAUUUUUGGCCAAGGCCAAGAACGUCGGUGUCAACAUUGGCGGAAGCGGCCAGAGUGCCGUUCGCUUGAGGCCCAUGUUGAUCUUCCAGAAGCACCACGCUGAUAUUCUCUUGGAGAGCGUUGAGAAGAUCAUCAAGCAGCUGUAAAGCGGCUUAAUUGUCUACCAACAUAUCUUCUCUAUCUGAUACAUUUGUGAUUGAAAUCUGGCGUUCAGUGGUACAUCGGGC